AAUGACUUCACCGGUUUUGCUACCAUCAUUGGAUAACAUUGAAUUUUUUUACAUGUUUUGACUAUAUCUUGUGAGAGAGAAAAGAUGUAGGCCUAGAUCUAGCCGAAAGUUUAAAAAACAGGAUUGGAUAGUUAACAGCUUUUAAAAUGAACAGCCCCGCCUUUGUGAUUCUAUUUUCCAUUGCUACAUAUCUAAACAUUAAUCCUGCCGUAGAAGGUGUAUGUCAGGCCAGAUGUCUUCCAAAUGGAGCUAUGUCCAAAAUGUUUUGCUUUGAAAGCUUUGAUUACGCUUACUGUGCCUAUCAAGCUACAAUCAACGGAGAUUGCUGGUCUGAAUUGAAAGAGAAGGCACAACGUGUGUUGGCUCAACUAAAUCAAGCUGGAGAGUUUCAACGCUGUGGAUACAAUUUAGACCCAAGCUCAAAAACUGGUUUUUCGUUUGAUGAAAGCCGAUCGGAACUCAAAAUCUGCUAUGAUUUUUAUCAACAACCCCCAGCAAGUGGUGCAGAUCCGUGUACGAGGUUUUACAAUGUUUGUUGGAAAGACUCAAAUCCAAGCCAAAACCUGAAUUGCAACUCACUUAGCUUGAUGUUGAGCUGUGCUGCCUCCGCCAUUACCCACAAAACCUGUAGAAAAACCGUCGGUCGGAAUGCUCUGAACUUGUGGAGAAAAUACAAAGAGACCGGUGAAUUUGAUCGCUGUGGAUUAGGGUAUGACCCAACAGAAGAAUUUGUAGCAAGCUGGAUAGAAAACGAACACAACCCUAUGUGCUACAACUUAAGUGCAGGAAUCAGGGUUAGCUACUCAACAAAUGGGCAGCAAAACACUGCACUGAAAGAGAGAUUUUGGAUUAUGAUGGUUGCUCUAGGGAUCAUUACUGCUCCCUAUAUAGUAUGAGAUUAGGAGAAAUCUUGGAUACAAAAAUAAUUAAAGAAAAAAAGCAAACUAAGCAGAAUAUGUAUAAAUCAGUUCAAUGUUGAUUAAACUAGAUCAAAAUAACAGUAUCCACAUCAAAUUGUAAUGAUGGUUCUUUCAAAUGUUCUUGCUUAUGUGGUGACACAAGUAGCUGGUUGCUUAUAUUUAUUAGGUUGAUAAAACAAAUUAUUUAAAGGCAAUUUAUCUCAGGAAAAAUAUCUCAGGAAAAAUCUCUCAAGGCGAAUGGUAUUAGGGGGAAAAGAUAACUUGUACAUAAUAAUUUCUCUGAGAUCUAUUGUUCUAUAAUCAUUUAUCACUGAAAGAUUGCCUAGAUAUACUGACAAGCUAUGUACAGACUUAAAAAAAAAAGAUGUUUAAAAUCGCAUCCUAAAUAUAACCGUGUAUUAAUAUCUACAGUGUAUAACCCCCAUUGAAGCAUACCAGUUUUAAAAACAAAAUUAUUUUCCUAAAUAAAACUACAAUAGACAACGCCCUGAAUUAAAAGUUUCAGUGACAGCAAUUUAUGCAGUAUUGAACAGCAGUGAAAAUAUAAAUAAAUAUUUUUCUUCUUUAAAAAGUAUGAUCAAAUUUACUUUUUCAAUUAUUUUUUCAUAUAAGGUGCAACAUGAUUUUGAAUAUAGAAUUUUGUAUAAUGUAAAACAAAAACAUGCAAUGAUUGUUUUUUAUUCACAUGUUCUGCAUGGCAAGAGUUUGAAUUUAAUAAUUCUGAACCUUUUGAAAAAAAAAACCGUUUCACUUAAAGCACAAUUUCUUCAAAGUUUGUUAAUAAUCUUAAUGCUCAAGAGAAGAUAGUUAGUUCAUCAAACCAUGAUAAUGUUUGCUAAAUAAAUAAGGAAGUGAUUAAGUUUCUUCAUUUAAAUUGCAAUAUCGGGAUAUGAUACAAGAUUUAAUUCAAAUAUGUUGCAGAAACUACGUUACUACGUAGAUACAACUAAAUAUUUCAAUGUAACCCGUUGUUUUGCUUCCUGAUUUAUAGACAGUAAGAACUGACUAUCUAAUCAUGGUUGAGCUUAAAUUAGAGAAAAUGUUUUUAGAAAAAACAAAAA